CUCCCCGAGAGCUUCGGCGCCGUGCGCACGAUCGCGGAGGGUCCCGGGGAGGAGCUGCUGGUCGGGACCACCCGGAACGCGCUGCUCCGGGGCACGCUGGCCGCCGGCUUCACCCCCAUCGUCCAGGGUCACACGGACGAGGUUUGGGGUCUGGCCACGCACCCCAACUGCUGCCGCUUCCUCACCUGCGGCCACGACCGGCAGCUCUGCCUGUGGGACGGCCGGGAGCACGCGCUGGCCUGGAGCCUGGCGCUGGAGGUGGGCGGGGACCCCCGAAUUGGGGAGGGGGACACCCCCCGGGGGGCGUCAGGAGGUCACUCGAGUUUCAUCACCCACCUGGACUGGUCCAAGGACGGGCGCUUCAUCAUGUCCAACUCGGGGGAUUAUGAGAUCCUCUACUGUGAGUCUGGGGGCUUGGGGGGCUCCCCCUGGGGCUGA